AAACUCCGGUGUUACAAGACGAUAAUUCAACGAUUUGGUCUGUUGAAUCCAUUUCUUUUAUGUUCCUAACCUAAAUUAUUGUAAGCGCGUCAAGCAGUCAAGCAUGUUACGCGUUUGGGCAUACGGUUGACAUAGUAUUUUGGUUUUUUUUUUUUAAAUUUUACUUCUCUCUUACAUCGAUGAAGUGAUUGUCUGAAACACACAGCAGCAAUUCUGGUUAUUAAGUAUUAAAUAUUACAAAGAAGUUUAUGGUAUAUAUAAACGCGAAUACUCAACAAUGACAAACAGCUGGCAAGGCAUAAAUGGGCCAGUAAACUCAAUGGAUCUGGAACAUAACGAAUUCUUGAAACGCAUAAGAAAAUCAUUGUACUAUUCUAAAUUACCAAAAAUUAAUUGCCUAAGUUUACCAGUUACUGAAUUGGCAGCUGAGUUUUUUACAGAAGCAAAAAGUGAUCAUACAUUAGAAAAACUUGAUGUGGAGGAAGCAAGCAGAAUAUCUAGAAAUGCAUGUGUUUCUCCUUGCUCGCUUGUAUUAGCUUUGCUGUAUAUUGAAAGAUUAAAGAACUGUAAUCCAGAAUAUCUUCAACAAGUAGCACCAUCUGAGCUAUUCUUAGUUUCCUUGAUGGUAGCCAGUAAAUUUCUGCACGAUGAUGGUGAGGAAGAUGAAGUUUUCAACAAAGAAUGGGCAAAUUCAGGACAAGUGACUAUAUCUCGGAUGAAUAAACUGGAAAAAGAUUUUCUUGCUGCAAUCAAUUGGACGAUAUUAGUACAGCAACAAGAUUUUUGGGAAAAAUUGCAACGACUAGAGAAAGAUGUAGCAUAUCGGGAAGUACAAAAACGUGGAUGGUGUUCGUAUACAGAAUUGAAUUGUCUGCUAAAUUCUGUUCAACUAAUUGCAAUCGCGCAAACCCUGAUAAAUGUCUCCUCGAUCUGCUUGGCGACCUAUACCGUUGGUUUGGUAACUCUCGUAGGAUCCACUCUGAUUGCCCAUUUUGUUGCACAAAGUUAUUUACCUGGAGCUUCGCUAAGUCCGGGACAACCUACGAAUCUGCAAACGAAUUUCAUGUCAACUGAUUUAAUUGAUAUAUCAAUGAAUACACAAUCUCAAGAAAUCAACGAUAAUCUUUCGAUAUCUGGUUCGUUGAUCCGAAACGAGAGCGUUGAUUAUUCUACCGAGAUCGAUAAUGAUGAUAACGACAUAGCUGGUUGGCAGUGGUGGCUCAAUUCCAUGAUGACUUGGUUACCCGAGUAUUGCAUCUUGGAGGACGAUGUCGAGUUUACAAAUUCCACUAGGAAAUUGUACAUUACUAACAAGUUUUCCUUUAAUUCGACGCAAGAUAUGAAAAUAAGAAAGAUGGAAAAGAUAGACAAGAUGAAAGAUUUUGCACCAGAAGACUAUCGUCGCAAUGUAAAUUGGAAGGAAGCAUUAGGAAACAUUAUAAUCUCCAUCAGACUGAUAGUUGGAAACGAUCGGGCCAAUUACAUUAUGAAAGUCGUUCAGUCAUCAAUAUCUUUAAACAUUUACUAUUAGCUUCCUAACGCUUUGCCUAAACUAUCUCUUUAGAUAUAUAUCUGUAUUUUUUGUACUAACUUUUUGUAAUAUAACAUUCGAUACUAACGUGUUUUUCCAAAUAAAUAUCCGAUAUUGCAUACUGCGAGAGAGAACAUUAUGUGUGUUUCUAUCAUCUAAAGACAUUAAAUAUUAUAUAAUUUAUUUGAUUUUACAAGAAAUAAAUAUACGAAUAAGCGAACGAAAACGGUCAAUAUUCUAUUAGAAGCUAAAACUAUUUUCUUUUUUCUAGUUUUAUUUCUACAUAACAAGUAAAAAAUAAGUUUCUUCUUUACUUGCUUUUAUUUAAUAGAGUCAGUGCUGGAUUAAAAUGCUAAUACAGUAUCAUGCAAGAAAUAAAAACUUUGUUAUAAUAAAAAAAAAGAAAAUAAAUACUAGAUAAAAAAGAAAAAUUAUGAUAUUACACACACAUACCAUGUUCUUUACAUUUACAGCCUAUUCAUUUAUAUAUAUUAACAUCCUAUACAUUUAUAUAUUAAAUACAUUUGUUGUGAGACAAAUUGUGUUAUUGUGGCAAUUAAACAUUAAAAUUAUAGAAGUCUAUAGGCCUUUUUGAGACAAAGAGUGCUUACUAUAAGUGAAAUGUUUACAGUCCCAUGUGCAAAUUAACUUAAUUCAUUUCUCAGUCGUUUUUCAAGCAAUUCAGCUACUGCGGAAAAGCGCGGCUAUUGGUAUAGGCGUCAUACCAAUGAGACAUCCAAUCGUAACUCCGAUGACUCGGCCCUGUAUUAAAUAGAAAAAUUGUUCAUAUGAGUUACAUUACAAAUAAUUUCGCUAAAUAAAAAUUUAUGCCAAAUUUUAA